AUGGUAGCGCGUCUGACUCCAGAUCAGAAGACAACAUCUUCUUCAGUCUUCACACAAGCUAAGCCGAAUCCCAACUCCACAGUCCACUGCUCCCAGCGAAAGAAUAUGACUCCAUCAAACUUCCCAGCAACUCUGCAAUUCUCUCCAUCAAAACCAGCAUUUCUUCUCCCAAAAUUUUACCCAAAUUCUUCCCAGAAUUUCAUUAGUGUCUCUCAACCAUGUAUUGCCAGGAAAAAACCCAUUUAUUGCAUCAUCAGCAAUGUGCCCACAAGGCCAAAGAAGAAGAGAACAAAGACCAAGAGGGCCAUUUCAGAAGCAGAGGAACUGGUUGGUCUAUUAAUGAGGAAUUUUGAUGAAAAGAAGCAGCCUUUGGUGGCCACUUUGAACAAGUAUGUGAAGCUUGUGAGAACUGAGCAUUGUUUCUUGCUUUUUGAAGAGCUUGGCAAGACUGAUAAGUGGCUUCAGUGUCUGGAGGUGUUCAGAUGGAUGCAAAAGCAACGGUGGUAUAUAGCAGAUAAUGGUGUUUAUUCGAAGUUGAUAUCUGUUAUGGGGAAGAAGGGACAAACGAGGAUGGCUAUGUGGCUUUUCUCUGAGAUGCGUAAUAGUGGAUGUAAACCUGACACCUCAGUGUAUAAUGCACUGAUCACGGCCCACCUUCAUAGUCGUGAUAAAGCCAAGGCCUUGGCUAAGGCUUUAGGAUACUUUGGUAAGAUGAAGGGAAUGGAACGGUGUCCACCUAAUGUAGUAACGUAUAACAUCCUUUUGAGAGCAUUUGCUCAGGCACGGGAUGUUGAUCAAGUUAACGCAUUGUUCAAAGAUCUUGAUGAGGGCAUUGUUACACCUGAUAUCUUCACGUUUAAUGGAGUGAUGGAUGCAUAUGGGAAAAAUGGGAUGAUUAGGGAAAUGGAAUCUGUUCUAUCACGAAUGAAGAGUAACCAGCUGAGACCUGAUAUAAUUACUUUUAAUUUGUUGAUUGAUUCAUAUGGAAGAAAGCAAGAAUUUGAAAAGAUGGAACAAGUUUUUAAGAGCUUGUUACAUUCCAAGGAGAAACCAACACUUCCCACAUUUAAUUCAAUGAUCACAAACUAUGGAAAAGCAAGGCUGAGGGACAAGGCAGAGUUGAUUUUUCAGAAGAUCACUGACAUGGGAUAUUCCCCAAAUUUCAUCACUUAUGAAUGUGUUAUUAUGAUGUAUGGCUAUUGCGACUGCGUUUUCAAAGCAAGAGAGAUAUUUGAUAAGGUGAGAGAAUCUGGGAAGGAGAAGAAGGUUUCAACACUCAAUGCAAUGCUGGAUGUCUACUGCAUGAAUGGUUUGCCAUUAGAAGCAGACACACUUUUUGAGAGUAUACAUGCCUCUAGAACAUUUUCUAUUGAUGGUUCAACCUAUAAGCUUUUGUACAAGGCCUACACUAAAGCAAACAUGAAGGAGCUGGUAAAAAAAUUGAUGUUGUACAUGGACAAAGAUGGAAUCAUCCCAAAUAAAAGCUUCUUCCUAGAUGCUUUGGGAGCUUUUGGGUCUUCACCUGCAAGCCAUAAGAUAGCUAGCAAUACUAACGAUUCAAGAAAACAGGUGACUGCUGCAAAGUUAUAGGUGGAAUGGACCAGUGAUUUGGUUUGUCCUCUUUUGUACUUUCUAUAUCAUCCAAAGAACGUUUGACUUACUGAGGACAAUGCAUCAGACCCAUUGUUGAGAGGCCCCUGACAAUGUCUUCUCCCAAGUUAAUUGGCCUGCAAAGCAUAUCCAUCUACUUUCUCCUGUCUCCGUGUUUGUUGCUUCAUACGAGUCAUUUAUGAAAUUCUGCUGUCUUCUGAUGGAUAAAAGCAACUUGUGACGUGAAGUAUAUUAACAAUCUUUGAUGCUUCAGAAUCUCAAUUUGAUGGUGGUGGUUAAAAAUGCAUUAGCAUCACUUGAUGAGUGCUCCAGGUGGAUAGUCUACCAAUUUUCUUGCUUCUUGUGACUUGGCUUUGUAGACACCGGUGAAGCUGGAGGAUUCGUCACUGUCUCAGAUGUUGCUUUUAGGGCUUCAAAGAUCAUAGAAUCAUGGCAGCAAUGAUUUAUUGUUUGUAUAGGAGAUUUGGAGCUAAAUUACUGCAGAAUUUUUUGGAAUGGGAUUGUAAUGUCAGCGUGAAGGGUAAUAUUAGGGCGGUUCUCAUUGA